AUGGAGGAAGGAAGUGGAGGAGGAGGUGAACUUGGGAGAGAAUCGUCGGAGCAGGAGCUCCACCCGACGGCAGCACCUCUCCUGCACGGCCGCGUCGAUGCUCAACCUCUUCUUCUGUCUCUCCCUCUCCUUGUGGUUCUGGAACCAGUAGAACACAGCUCCCUUAGAAUACGUAUCUGUUCCGCUGGUGGUGCAGGAGGAGGCAGCAACAAGAGUAGCUUCCUGUGCAGGCAGUCGAGCACCAGGUGGAUACCAACAGCGGAGCAGAUACGCAUUCUGAGAGAGCUCUAUUAUAACAAUGGGGUGAGGUCUCCCAGUGCGGAGCAGAUACAGAAGAUAUCGGCCAGGCUGAGGCAGUAUGGCAAGAUAGAGGGGAAGAACGUGUUCUACUGGUUCCAGAACCAUAAGGCGAGGGAGAGACAAAAGAAGAGGCUGAGCACCGACGCGGCCGUGCAGCAAAGGUGCUCUGCCGUCGGGUGGAGCUCCUGCUCCGAUGAUUUCUCUCCCAAGUUCACCUCCUCCUCCACUUCCCUCCUUCAUACCAGUGCUCCUGGAAUUUCUUCAUGUGGAGCAAGCAUAGUCUCUGGGGAGAUGGCUGGUGUUAGCUCUGCCCUGGUGGAAAGAGGUAGUUUCGGGUAA